AUGGGUUACCGCGGAAGCGGAGAGAGCUUUUUGUUUGUUUUUCUUUUAGUGAGGGCACACGACUCGGGUGUAUUUGCUACCGUGUUUUUUACCGCCCUUCGUGGUCCAUCUCAUCGCCUUUGCGGGUCUGGUUGCGAUCAUUCGAUUUUUGUCUUUUUCUACUAUGGGGUUCUCCCCGAGUGCAAUUUAGAGUGCGUUUUUUCAAUGCAUUCGUUUACAUUCCCAAUUGCUCAUUGCCCUUCUUGCCCUUACCCAUCCUCUUUUUCCCUACCAUUAGGCCGGCCUUUUUUCCCAAAUGGGUACUUGUUUUUACGAUCUUCAGCUGGAACGUGGAGACUUGAAACUUGGUGCCUCUUAUAUUUAAAGACUACUGAGCUUCUUUGUUUCACCGUCCCACUUCUAGGAAUUUUUUUUUCUUGUAGUCUAGGCGCUUCAAUUAUAUUUAUAUCAUCAGAUUGA